CAGCGGCUCCCCGGCUGCCGCAUCACGGAGCGGGGAGGAGCCCCGGAGUCUCCAUUGGCUGCUGCUGCAGCACCGACAGCUUUACGGUAGCUGAUGAGCGUGAACGAAGCUUCUUUCAUCCCCGGAGCGCUGCGCGACCCGCCGGCUUCACCAUGACCCUGAGGAGACUGUAGCUUCCAGCCUGCUUAAAACCCAGAAACCUGCAGAGCCAGAGAUGAGCCCGGAGCUCCGCGGAGACACAGACCGGACCGAGCGGCAGGAGAGGAGCAUGUAACCGGGAGAAACGCACCGGCGACGGCUCCGGCGGAGGCUCCACCUGACUCUCCCUCCCUGUUUCCCGCAUGAUCUUCCUCUGGUCUGCUUCUUCUGGAUGCGGUGACCGGAUUCUAGCGGCGUGUGGGAUUUUUAUCUUCAGCUAAAAUGAGCGAGGAGGCGUCGGAGGUUCCCAAAGAGCUCCUGGAGAGCGUGAGGGAUGCGGUGGGCAGGAAGGUGAAGCUGUCACUGAGGAAGAGAGUCAAGCUGGAGAUCAAAGGAGACAAGAUGGAGAACAGAGUCCUGGCUCUGGCGUCUCACCGAGGAUACCUCCUGACGGCACGAAUCCCUGCCAAGGUGGAACACUCCUUUAAUUAUUUGGAGAUCCAGGGAAUUGCCUGCAACAAGCCAACACAGCUCUCUUUAGAGUACGAACGUGGCUCCUUCUCCCUGAAGCUGCUUUCUACAGAGGAGGUCAAUGAUGUGGUGGCUCACAUAGGAAACUGUCUGCUGAGGAUAUGUCCCGGUCUACCUCCAAGCAAAGUGAUGAAGAAGGUUUGCAUGGAGCCUCCGGACCGGCUGCCGUCUCUUCAGACUCUGUGGGAGAACAACAAACCUGCAGAACCUGGGCCCUGCGGUGGGUUUUCUCAGAUGUACAGGUGUGUGUGUGACUGGUUGGGGCUGCCGUACAGAGAAGAGGUGCAGUGGGAUGUGGACACCAUCUAUUUGACACAAGACACCAGAGAACUCAACCUGCAGGACUUCAGCCACCUGGAGAACAGGGAUCUGGUCGCUAUUAUCGCAGUCCUGGAGUUCAACCAGUGGUUCACCAAACUCUCCACCAAGGACUAUAAACUGUCUGCAGAUGUGUGCGAGCAAAUCCUUCGGGUGGUGUCUCGGUCCAGUCGGCUGGAGGAGCUGGUCCUUGACAACGCAGGACUCAAAACGGAUUUUGCCCAGAAGCUGGCUGCUGCUCUGGGCCACAACCCCAGCUCAGGACUCACCACCAUUAAUCUGGCCAACAACCCGCUGGAGGACCGAGGCGUUUCCUCGCUGGCUGCUCAGUUUGCCAAAGUCCGUUUGGGGCUCAAGCAUUUAAACUUCUCCAAAACCUCACUAUCACCCAAAGGGGUGAACAGCCUUUGCCAGUCACUGAGUGCCAACCCGUCCAUCCCCAGCAGCCUCGUCCAUCUGGACCUCUCAGGGAACCUGCUCCGAGGAGACGACAUGCAGCAUUUCUACCACUUCCUGGGUCAACCCAACAGCCUGGCGACCCUUGACCUUUCCAACACUGACUGCUCAUUGGACCAGGUUUGCUCGGCUCUGCUGCGAGGAUCAGUCCAGCAUCUGUCAGUUCUCAACAUGUCAAAGAGCGUCUUCCCUCACAGGAAAGGCAAAGAGGUUCCUCCUUCAUUCAAACAUUUCUUCAGCAGCGCUGAGUCUCUGAGCUCCAUCAACGUGUCGGGAACCAAGCUGCCUCCUGAGGCCCUGAAGGCUCUGCUGCUCGGCCUGGCCAGUAACCCCAACGUGAAGGAUGUUUCUCUGGACCUCAGCUGCUGUGAGCUCGGUCACUGUCUGCGCUCUGGAGGUUCUCAGAUCCUCGAAGGUUGCAUCGCUGAGAUCCCAAACAUCUCCAGCCUGGACAUCUCUGAUAACGGCCUGGAUUCGGACCUGUCCACUCUGCUGGUUUGGUUGGCUAAGAAUCGCUCCAUCAGACAUCUGUCGCUGGGAAAGAACUUCAACAACAUCAAGUCCAAAAAUCUGGCUCCGGUGUUGGACAGCCUGGUUCACAUGAUUCAGGAGGAGGAGUCGCCCCUCACCUCUCUGUCUCUGGCCGACUCCAGACUAAAGACUGAUCUGACCAUCAUCCUCAAUGCUCUGGGCAGCAACUCUUCUCUGACCAGACUGGACAUCAGUGGAAACGCUAUGGGAGAUAUGGGAGCCAAGAUGCUGGCCAAGGCCCUGCAGAUCAACUCCAAACUCAGGACUGUGAUCUGGGAUAAGAACAACACCAGCCCUCAGGGUCUGCAGGACGUCGCAGCAGCUCUGGAGAAAAACUUCACCAUCCGGUUCAUGCCCAUCCCCAUCAUUGAUGCCUCCCAGGCUCUGAAGGCGAGUCCUGAGAAAACAGAGGAUGCUCUGCUGAAGAUUGAGAAUUACUUGUACAGGAACCACGAAACCAGGAAAUACCUUCAGGAACAGGCUUAUCGGCUGCAGCAGGGCAUCGUGACCACGACCACACAGCAGAUGAUUGAUCGGAUCUGUGUGAAGGUGCAGGAUCACCUAAACUCUCUGAGGAACUCUGAGACUGACGCCAUCCUGGAAGAUGUCCGGUCUGCAGAAAACCUCAUCAAAGACGCCAGGAACUCGAAAACGCUGCUUCCUAAUCUCUACCACCUGGGAUCAGCAUCCAGAGAAGAGCUGAACAGUUCAUCAGUUGGUCCCAUCCAGGAGAAGCUGGAGUCCAUGGCUGGAGAAGUGACCACCGUCAUGGACCAACAACUGCAGACUCUGUUGGAGUCGAUGGUGGACACAGCAGAGUCUCUGUGUCCUCAUGUGAUGAAGAGGAGUAAUCUUCGUCCAGAGCUGAUGAAAGCCAGCUCCUCCAAGAUGGUUGUUCCUAAAAGCUUUGUGGCCAAAACCCUCCUGGAGCAGUCUGGGGUGGAUAUCAUCAACAAGAUCAGUGAGGUGAAACUGAGUCUGGCAUCCUUUCUGUCCGACCGCAUUGUUGAUGAGAUUCUGGAGGCUCUGUCUACGUCACAACACACUCUGGCCGACCACCUGGUCCGUCGUGGUCGCCCUCUGGUGCAGCAGGAGUCGGUAGAUCUGGACGUCCAUGAGGAGAAGAUUCCUAAACGGGCGUCGACGGAGAUCCUGGAGGCCGAGAGGCUGGAAGAUCUGGAAACAUGUAUGACUCUAUGCUGCAGCAUGACUCCUAAAUCCAAAAGGAAAAGCAUCCACAGCAGGAUGCUGCGGCCAGUGUCUCGGGCCUUCGAGAUGGAGUUUGACCUUGACAAGGCCCUGGAGGACGUUCCCGUCCACGUGGAGGAUUCCUCAGCAUCUUCUCAGACCCCACCUACUCCAUCUCUGGUCCUUACCAAACUGGAGCACCGUCCUUCAGGAGGAAUGACGGAGCUGCCGUCUGAAGAAGAGAAGAAGCUGCAGCACUUCACCAAACUGCGACCGAGGAGGAACAAGAAAACAAAUUCAAGCAAAGUACCUCAAAUCAGCAGCACUCCAUCUCAGGAUGGAGAACAGAACGGCCUCAUGGGAAGAGUGGACGAGGGAGUGGACGAGUUCUUCUCUAAAAAAGUCACCAAGAUGGAUUCAAAACGAUCGAAGAAUUCAGAAUCUCAGGAUGGAGAGAAGAAGAAGAGUAAAGGAGGAUUUCUGAACCUCAUCAAACGAUCUUCCAAAUCUGAUAAAUCAGACAAAUCUGAUAAAUCAGAGAAAAACCAGGCAGCUGCAGCAUCCUCUGGUCCAUCCUCAUCCUCUGCAGCUGCGUCCAGCAUCCCAGAGGAACCGUCCUCUCCAAAGGUGGCAGUGAAGAGUCCGGCCCCGGAGCCAAAGUCCAGAGACGCCUCCAGUCGCUCUCAGCCCACAGACUACAGCAGCAGCUCAGAUCGAUCAGAGGAACUGAGGACUCCAGACUCCAUAGACGAACCCUGGGAGGGAUCAGACGGGCGGGGGAGUCCUCAGGGAGGGAGGCGGUACCCAGGGGUCCAGAUGAUGGGCAGCGGCCUGCUGGCAGAGAUGAAGGCCAAGCAGGAGAGGAGAGCGCACAAGUCUUCCAGCCCUGACAGACCCGAUGGCAACACAACAGCAGCCAAGCCACAGAGCCCGGCUCCAGAAAGCAGGUCUCCCAGUGGUUCUCUCAACAAACCAGACCCUGCUUCUCCAGAAAAGACGUCACCUCGUGGAGAGACUAAACCUGAUCCAGCUCCUCGUCUCAGAGCCACGUCUUCCUCCAGUUCCCCCGGAGGACCAGUGAGCCCCAAACCGCCGGUGCCUCAGGGGGCGAAGCCGGCGCUGGCUGCCCGACCCACGAUACCGCAGAAACCGAGGACCACGAGCAGCAGCAGGAGCAUCGACGAGAGCUCAGACUCUCCCAGCAGCGGCGGUUUGUCUCCUAAAGUCACAGUUCUGCCUCCGACACUGAAGAGGGCGCUAUCAGAGAAAGACAAGGAGUCGGGAGUCUCCAACAAAACCAGUCAGGAAGCGAGGUCAGAUUCUGUCCAGAGAUCCACCAACUCUGAGGAUCUCGGCUCCUUGAAGACCAAAGAACCGGGUCUGAAUCCAGACAAGGAGAAGGCCGCACGCAAGAAGUCAUCGGACUCUGGGGAGGUAGCAGACAAAGACUUUAUUUUAAUAUGAGUAAGGAACUUUUUUUUUUUUUUACAGCUGCAGCCUGCUGACAAGCCUCACGUUUCCUUUAGAAAAUAGAUUCAUUUCCGUUACAGUUUGUACGUGUUGGUCCAUCUGAGCCCAGAGUACAAACUCUGGUAAAAUUCUGUUUUAAUUUGAUUGUUGGUGGAUGUUAACGCUUCGUGUCACCUGAACCAAAACUGUGCUAAACCUCAGAAGAGCUUCCAUCUCACUAACAGCCUUUUCUCUGGGUCUGCUCCUCUUCAUUUUUACUGUCAGGUGAAAAUCUUUGUCUCUGAAGGAAAAGCUUUUUAGGGUUUCAGAAAAUGAGUCAUUGAGCUCGUUCAGUGUGCGAGUGAUGAAACCUGAACUUAAGCUAACCGCUAAAAAUGAGACAUUUCAGAAAGCAGCAGCGAGACUGUGAAGCUGAGUCACAUCUAAAAUCAUUUAACUGAUAACAUCUCUUCAGUCUGUAGCUGCUGCAGGGACCAAACUCUCCAACAGUCCUUCCACGUUUCUGUCCUGUACUUGAAGUCUAACUCACUACAGACGAGGAAUCAGCUGCACUUCUCUCCUUCAGUAUAUUUGUACAGAUUUUACUAAAUGCUAUUUUCUGUAAGUUUUCCAGAGCUGCAGAGGUGACUGAAUCCAUUAUGCAAUUCAUGUUUUUUUACAGGAAUAAACAGGUUUCAGCUGAGAGUCUCAGCUCAGACAGACAUCACAAUAUUCAGUUAUGUAGCUUUUCUAGCAGGACGGCUCCAAACACUACAGCUGCACUGACUGUGUUUAACUUUACCUUCACUGAUAAUCAAUACGGCUUCAGCACUGUUAACUAACACUGUUUGUAUUCAGGCACUGUGGAAAACAUCAGAUAUUAUAAUCUGGGGAGUAAAGAUCAGGAUUUAUGUGUCUUUAUGCGCUGUGCAGAGUGUGGUUUUUCAAACUUUUUGGGCCAUUUUCCUUCAGUAACUUGAUAAAGUUUACUAACAGCUUAAUUUCUAGCGAGUAUUCCUGAGAACAAAUAAAAUACAAGGUAAAGUCAGAAUAGCAAGUUGUUUCUAUAUUUAAUAGCAAAAUUUGAAUUAAAAUAACUUCAUUUAGACUUAAUUACACAGAGGAAGAAUUAACUCGCAGAUGUCUGCAGCAUAUAUCCAGUCGAGCUAUUAAAUGUUCAAACAACUUGAGUAAAUCAGUAAUUCUAACCCGAGUUUUUUUCAAAUUCAGCGAAUAUCUCCUGAGGAAGAUAUUUCAAAGCUACAAAAAACGACCUAAUGAAGGUAAAUCUUUCCCCAGAAUCAGAAAUUUCAGCUUUAAGCUAAAUUUUUACUCUGAAUUGCUCUGAAAGACACAUGAAUCCUCACAUCCAGUAACACACUAACAUUACAUUAAUACUCCACUGGUGUGUAAAAGGUCCAAUGUAAAGCAGAACUGAGAAACGCCAUAUAAAAAAUCCUAUUUUAGUAGAAUGAGCCGGAUAGUGACCUCAUCAGGUUGUGUGAAGCUGAAAACUUCUUCAGUAUCUUUCACAUUUAACUCACUUCUUUCCCAACUGGAGGAAACAUUCCUUCAAUAUUCCGCCUAUAAAAAGAGACUGGCAUUAUUUGGCAUCCUGUUGCCUUUGUAAAACAGAAAGCAGUGAACUGACAGUAGCUGGAUUCUGAACAUCUAUAUGGUCUCAGGCUGAAUCCUCUGAUUUGUUCUGUUCUUAGAGCAAAAACUGCCCUUUUCACACUGACAGGCAGUUUGCACCAGAGCCAAGACACUUCAAAUCCAUUCCUCUUAUGACAAAUAUGAAAUAAUUAAGGCCUGUAGUUUGUCCUCGAACCAUGAGAUCAUUUAGCUGUUCUGCUGCUUUUAUGUCAUACUGUAAUUAUCGAAAAGUCCAUUUUUGUCUUUGAUAAAAUCCCUAAAAGCUUGUCUUUGUGUGUCAAAGUUAGACAUUUAGGAACUUUUCUAUUAGAGCGAUCCCUUCAUGCCUUAAAGUGGUCUGGAUGCAACUCUGUCCCUGCCAACUCGAGCACUCCAGCCCACCUAGAAGUAUGUAAAACAAUCAACAUUACAGAGAGGCAGGUUGUAAUACUGCACUAAUUCAGCCGCAUGUGUUUGGAAAGCGAUUCUGAAACAGAACAAUGAUGCAGAUGCUUCACCCUGUAUGCUGACAGGGUGCUUCCUUGGGUUUGUUACAUAUGAAAGCUCAUAAGUACACCGAGUUUCAAGGUAGAAAUGCGUCUUCCAGCAUAUAGAAACCUGGAUGGACGUGUUAUCACCAGAGGAGAGACCCAGAUCCACUGGACAUGGUGCUAUAUUAUCUGUUCAUCUCUACAAUCCUCUAAUAUGACAUGAAUGCAGCAUUAUCCUCCAUAAACACCUCUUCUAUCACACCGACUUCCCUAGCUGUGUGCUAAACUGCUCCAGCUGUCCUUAUAGAUGCACUAGAUGUUGGAUGUUCAGUGUGAAAAGGGCACAGCUUCUAUUUUCUGUACUGAAGUCAGGGCCAGAGCUGCUCCUGGUGCAGCUUCUCCUCCAUCGUGAUGUCUGCUGAUGUCUCUGUAGGUCGGACGUCGCUUCUUUGUCUCGGAUAUGAACUAACACUGUUCCUGCUGUAUAUAGUCAAACUGUCCCUGAUGUCAACGCCUGCUUUGAUUGUCAAAAGUCACGUUUGUGUCUCAUAGAUGUCCCAGGACACUUUAAAAAGAAAAGAAAAAUGCUGCGACUUUGCAAGCGGCUCUAUUCUGCUUUUUUUAACCCGUUUCCUGAUGCACGGAAACUCCUCCGUUUCUGCUUUGUGAGGGGUUUCAGCGGCUUGUUGCACUGCGUGAAGACUGAUGAAAGCUUCACUUCUGUCCUGAAAACAUUUCUGUCGGUGCACUGAGCGGAGACGCGUGAAACUAGCCAGUAGCAUAAAGUGUGGAGCUGUGAGUCUCUGUGUGUGACUGCAUGAUGUGAGUUGUAGUGGAUGUAUAUACUGUAUGUGCUUUCCUACAUGUAGGUGUGUGUGUAAAGAUGCACAUGUAAGAUGCACACUGAUGUAUUCACACGCCUACGUGAACUCAGCAAAUCCUCUAUGUUUGGUACUAAGUACACUACUAUACUAAGGGUUUGUUUCUAACUUAUUUGGAAUAAAAAAAAAGCAAACGUG